AAUAAAGUAUUAAGUGAUAUUAAGAUUUGUAUAUUAAAUUAAGAUUAUAAAUUGUCUUAAAAUACAAUAUAUUCAGUAACAUAUCACUAUAAAAAAAUGUUGAAUAAUAUAAAAGAUUUUGAAUUAAUAGCACAAGGCGCUGAAGCACGUAUAUAUAAGGGCACUUAUUUAGGAAAGUUAACAUUAAUCAAGGAAAGAUUCGAAAAGAAAUAUAGACAUCCAGACUUGGACACGCGUCUCACAAAAGAUCGAAUAAAAGCCGAAUGUCGUGCUAUACUUCGUGCUAAAACUGCAGGAAUUGCAACACCAGCUAUAUAUUUGAUAAAUUUAGAACGACGAUGUAUUUAUAUGGAAUAUAUACAAGAUGCAAUAAUAUUAAAAGAUUUUCUCCAUAAAAACGUUUUGAAAGAAACAGAUAUUGAUCAUUUGUUAAAUUUUAUAGCACAAGGACUUGGAGUACUUAUUGCUAAAUUACAUUUGAAAAAUAUAAUUCAUGGGGAUUUAACUACUUCUAACAUUCUUUUAAAAAAUAUUGACAACAAUUAUAUUGAAAAAUAUGAUGUUGCGAAUAAUUUUGUUAUAAUAGAUUUUGGAUUAGCUCGUAUAGAAUCAAGCAUAGAAGAUAAAGCAGUCGAUUUAUACGUUCUUGAACGAUCAUUAUUAAGUGCACAUUCAGAAAUACCUUCAUUAUUUUCAAAAAUAUUUGAUAUUUAUCAAAUACAUUAUAUAAAUAAAAAUCAAUGUAGAGAAAUUGUUUCUAAAUAUAAGGAAGUACAAUCACGAGGACGAAAACGAUUAAUGAUCGGUUAAUUUCAAUAUAUUUUUUAUAAAUAUAUUGACAUUUUAUUAACAUAUUUUUUUAUAAUUUAUACAUGAUAUUAUAUAUCUUAAAUAAAUUAUGUUAAAUGA